AAGUGCUGCUGGAUCUGUGGGCGGAGCAUUUUUAAGGUCACCUGCACCUUCUGACUGGGAAAAGAUGGUCAACGUCUUGAAAGGAGUGCUUAUAGAAUGUGACCCUGCCAUGAAGCAAUUUCUGCUGUACUUGGAUGAGUCAAAUGCCCUAGGGAAGAAGUUCAUCAUUCAAGACAUUGAUGACACUCACAUCUUCGUAAUAGCAGAGUUGGUUAAUGUCCUCCAGGAGCGAGUAGGUGAAUUAAUGGACCAAAAUGCCUUUUCUCUUACCCAGAAGUGAAAAUAUUAGAUAAUAACCACUUAGGAAUUAAAAGUAACAAAUGUGAGAGACUCACCAUUUGAUGUCUUGUGUGACUGAUUAGAUUUACAGAAUUGCUCGGAAGCAUGUGACAGGGAAGACUGUGAUAUCAUUUGUUCAUAAGAAAGCCCCUGAACUGACUU